UCCAGGCGCCGCGUGGCGGUGGCGGAGGGUGGCGGCCGGCGGGUGGUCAUUCCCCGAGGGACGCUGGGGCGGCAGGCGGCCGCUGUCGGCGGAACGGGGCUUUCCCUGGGAGCGGGGCGCCAGCUGGCCGGUCACUCGCGCGCAGGAGAGUCCGCGCAGGAGGCGGCGAUGACCGCCGGGAGGACGAGCGGCGCACGGCGGGGCCUGGGAAAGGCUCCGGGAAGCAGGAAAGUGUAUAUGGACUAUAAUGCAACCACUCCCCUGGAGCCAGAAGUGAUUGAGGCCAUGACGGAGGCCAUGCGGGAAGCCUGGGGAAAUCCCAGUAGCUCUUACCCAGCAGGUAGGAAGGCCAAGGAGAUUAUCAACACGGCCCGGGAGAACGUCGCCAAGAUGAUAGGUGGGCAGCCUCAGGACGUGAUCUUCACUUCGGGGGGCACCGAGUCAAAUAAUUUAGUAAUCCAGUCCAUGGUGAAGCACUUCCACAAAGUCCAUGCUGCCAACGGGGACACAGGCGGGCAUCCCAGCCUGGUGGACGGGGCCCUGCCCCACAUCAUCACCUGCACCGUGGAGCACGACUCCAUCCGCCUGCCGCUGGAGCACCUGGGGGAGGAGCGCAAGGCUGAGGUCACCUUCGUCCCCGUGUCCAAGGUGAAUGGGCAGGUGGAGGCUGAGGACAUCCUGGCGGCUGUCCGCCCGGCCACGUGCCUGGUGACCAUCAUGCUGGCCAACAAUGAGACGGGCGUCGUCAUGCCGGUGCCUGAGAUCAGCCGGCGAGUCCGAGCCCUGAACCAGCAGCGGGCGGCAGGGGGGCUGCCGGAGGUGCUCAUGCACACGGACGCCGCCCAGGCCCUGGGGAAGCAGCAUGUGGACGUGCGGGACCUGGGCGUGGACUUCCUGACCAUCGUGGGUCACAAGUUCUACGGCCCCAGGAUCGGAGCGCUCUACGUCCGAGGGCUUGGUGAGCACACCCCUCUGUACCCGAUGCUGUUUGGAGGCGGACAGGAGCGGAACUUCCGGCCAGGGACAGAGAACACCCCGAUGAUUGCCGGCCUUGGGAAGGCAGCCGAGCUGGUGGCAGAGAACUGUGAUGCCUACGAGGCCCACAUGCGGGGCGUGCGCGACUACCUGGAGGAGAGGCUGGCGGCUGAAUUUGGUGAGAGACUCCAUCUGAACAGCCAGUUUCCAGGUGCCAAGCGGCUCCCCAACACCUGUAACUUCUCCAUCCAGGGACCCCAGCUCCAAGGCCGCGCGCUGCUGGCUCAGUGCCGGACGCUGCUGGCCAGCGUGGGGGCCGCCUGCCACUCGGAACUCGGGGACCGGCCGUCCCCAGUGCUGCUGAGCUGCGGCGUCCCCGUCGACGUGGCCAGGAACGCCAUCCGGCUGAGCGUGGGCCGUAGCAGCACCCGGGCCGAGGUGGACCUCAUCGUGCAGGACCUGAAGCAGGCGGUGGCCCGGCUGGAGGGCCAGGCCUAGUGCCCACGGGAACCCCCUUCCUGUGCUGAGGGCCUGGCGCCAACACCGCCACCCCGCGGCACCCAAGGAAAGGGAAACGCCGUGGCCGCCUCCCUGCUCCCCUCUGGGAAGAAGAGCGAGCUUGUCACGGGCACCCCCUUCCUAGAAGGUGGCAUUUUUAUCCGAAAGAUAAAAUCCUAGCAUUUGUCACCAGCUGCUACCAUGAACAUAGGAAGCGUGAUUUUCAGGGGCUGUCCUGGCCUCCCCACACUUGUCUGCAGAGAGGGCAGUGUUGCCUCACCCCCGGACCCUCCUCAAGGCCUUUCCAGAAGCGGAGGCUGCUGCGAUCAGGCCCCCUCCCCGUGGGGCACCCCGCACUUCCUGCCCUGCCCAUCCCCCUGGUCAUCUGCCGGUCCCUCGGCCAUCGGCCACUGGGCGCCUCCCCACUGCCCCGGGUCCCUGCCGCCUCUUCCCUCUGAUCAUGUGCUCAGGGUUUCGGCUCCUCUGUCAGCCGCAGGCGCCCUGUGGUUGGGUCAUCCCCAGGGCGGGCAAGCCCCCAUCCCUCAUGCCCCUUCCCUCCCAGGUGUAUUCGGGAGGAUUCUCGGAUCCCCACAGAUGCCCUGUGAUGUCUGAUUCACGUCAGAUGUCAUCUGUGGAGACAUUUACAUAGGAGUGAUUUUUUUAAUUGAACAACACAUUUAAUGUGUGACUGAAAAGGGCAGAGAACUUCAUGAUGACACUGAGGAAACAACCGUCAGAAACGAGAUGAACUAAUAAAAGAUGCCGAUCUUGUUUUGUA